CAACAGCAAUGCUGGCAGUGGCAGAGGUUCUUGACGCUUCCCUGAAUUGCAAUGCUUGUCUUGCACCACCUCCACUCUCUCAAUGCUUGCAAACUUCCUGCUGCGGCUAGCUCACGCCGGCUCACCAAAUGCAAGCUGGAGCAGAUUCUAGCUGUGCGGCGGUUGUCGCUGAGAAACAUCAAGCCUUUUGCAACAGCCUUGGAGAUUAGACUAGAAAGAAAAGCCUUCUUCCAAGUCCUGCUAGUGGUGGUGUAGCUCGAGACCUCAUGAUGGAAAACGUUGCUCCAGAGGAUGGUGUAGAGAUGCUUGAACAUGACAUCAGCAGCGGCGCCGUUUCCAAAGGCGACAGAAGCAAAGGUGAAGUCAGCAAGGCAGACCUCAAGGCAAGUGGUGGCGCUGGAAAGGCGGUCCGCAUUGCGUGCUCGUUCUGGCUGGAGAAGAAGAAGCGGUUUUGCACCAAUCAAUCGAAGCCGGGCCAUCGCUUUUGCGGGAACCAUGUUCCGGAGGAGGCGCUGGGGUUCAAGCGAGUGCCUUGCCCAGUGGAUCCGUCUCACACUGUUCCUGAGUUUGAAGUCGCCGCACACGUCCUCCGGUGCCCUGCCGCCAAGCAGGCCCAAGGGGUGAGGGAGCAGCCGUACUUUCGGGAAGGAGUGAACGCAGGUAGCGACGCAGAGAAUGGAAGUCAUGACGGAGCCGGAGGGGUGCUGACAAGCCGGGAGAAGCGAGCGCUGCUGGAGGGGUUGAGCGAAAGCGAGUUCUGGGGCUUUUUGGAGAAGAUCGAAACCGCUUACGCAUCCACCUGUCCCGAGCCCCUGGUGCGGCGGGUUGCCCAGCCGGAGGGCUUUCGGCGCUGGUUGGAGGGAGGGAAAGACAGCUCGAGUCCGUUCAGCGCAAAGCACUGGGAGCAGCAAGCAUCCAUUCUCGGCAAUAUGGAUCGUGCGGGGCUGAUUGAUCGACCUCGUCCGGGAGAUGCUGAACGGGCGGCCACCAAAGGCACGACGUCAAGUGGCCCGCCGACAGAAACGAGAGCGGACUUGAGAAUCGAAGAGGACCUUGCAGAGCCCGUACUCGAGGAGGAGAGAGCGAAUGGUCUCCUGAGAGAAGCCGGAAGCGGUCGGGAAGCUGUUAUUAACUCCCCCGAUACUCUGCAUCGAAACACACCUACCCGCGAAGACGGGUCGUCAUCGAACGGCGUUCCGGAUGGAUUAGCUGGCACGGACGCCUCAACUGUGAAUAAGCCCCCGGGGCGCGUUUUCAUCGAGUUCGGCGCGGGGCGGGGCUACCUCGCGAACGCGCUCUACGAGUGUUUCGGACAGCCGGACGUCCUCUUCGUCGAGCGGAGGGCGUACAAAUUUAAAGCGGACAGGGCGCUGCGGAAAGUGGGGAAGAUGGAGCGGAUCCGGAUCGAUAUCGAGGACCUAGAUUUGGCGGGCGUGGAGAGUUUACGGGGGCGGGGGUUCGUCGGGGCGGGGAAGCACCUGUGCGGGCCGGCGACGGAUGCGACGCUGCGGUGUUGCCUUGGGAGCGGAGACGGAAACGGAAACGGGCCGGGCGAUGGGAUUGGGAAGGAGAGGACGGGAAGAUCCGGAGGGGACGAGACUGCUUCGAAAGGAAGGGGCGAGUCGGGUAAUGAAACAAAAAGCGUCGGGAAAGGGGCCCGAGCAAACGGGCUCAGUGCUGACGUCAGCAAUGAUGCGACCGGCGAAAAACGGGCCACGAGUAUCCCGACUUCCGGUCCGGAUCUGCGGUCAGAAGUGGAUGCGUCGCGGGAGGCCCCGUUUUGCUCAGGGGUCGCUGUGGCCACCUGCUGCCACCACCUGUGCAGCUGGAGAACGUACGUGAACAAGGCCUUUUUCCGGCGGCUGGGUUUCAGCCCAGCGGACUUUCAUAUGCUGACGUGGCUGACUAGCUGGUGUGUGUCGGGGCCCAAGUUCGGGGAGCACCGUGGGCCGGACGCCGGCAAUAUCGACGAGUUGAGCAGCCCGGUAGGAAGAUCCGUGGACGGAAGUGACCGGUUGAAGGGGAAUGGUGCGUCGUCGAUGUCGAUGGGUGAGGGCAGCAGAACCCAAACAAAUGAGAAGUCAGACUUGGGGUCAAAAACAGCGCGCAAGGAAGGAAGUUUGGCCUCUGAUAAUGCAAGAGAGAGCUCGGAAGUGAAUGGAGCAUCGAACGGAAGUGUCACUUUGCAACCUCCAAUCUGGGACGCUUUGUUGCCAUCGCAGCGCGCAGAGCUGGGCAAGAAGUGUAAGAGGCUGAUCGAUACGGGUCGGCUAGAGUGGCUCGCGGAGCAAGAAGGGUUUGCAGCGGAGCUGAUUGAGUAUAUUGAUGCGGAGGUGUCUCCGGAAAAUAGGUUGCUUGUGGCAACGCGGACACGGAAUGUAUUAUGAGGAACUAAGUUUGCAUGCUGCCAACUAUGUUCAAUGCUGCCGGUCACCGAGUAGCAAGGAGCUUGAGCCACC